CCACUUUUAGUGCCUACUCGCAGUAGGACAAGAACGCAGGCAAGUUUAAACCUCUGUCCACUCUCUGUUAUCAAUCAGAAGAACCAUGCAGUGCAACCUGUUCAAUCCGAGAUGCUUGCUGUUUAUCACCGCAUUCUUUACGUUUUCCAAUGAUGUGACCUUGGUAUCCGGCGAUGAAUUAAAACCAACACUCGUAAACGUUCAUGUUUACUACGAAUCACUAUGCGGUGAUAGUAUGAGAUGGAUAAAGGAUCAACUCGUACCCAGUUACCCGUUCUUGAAAAAAUAUCUUAAUAUUACUCUCAUUCCGUACGGUAAAGCAACGCAAUCACGCGAUUCUGAAACCGGUUUAUGGCAUUUUUCGUGCCAACACGGAUCUUCCGAAUGCCUUGGUAACAAAGCACAAGCCUGUGCUAUUCAUGCCACAGAAACGAAUUAUUACGAAGAAAAUGAACGACAAGAUCAAAUAGUUAAUUUAAUCGGUUGCACUAUGAGCGAUAAAUAUCCACCAAGUGCUGUUGAAACUUGCGCAACGAAACAAAAUUUGAAGGAAGAAACACGUAAGCUUAUAUCAGAAUGCAUUAAAAGUCCUGUAGCAGACAAUUUGCUUGCUAUUAACGGCGAUAAAACGUCGGCUCUCAAUCCACCUCUUUCAUUCGUUCCAACAAUAAUAAUUAACGGAGUUUAUUCGAAAGAAAAUCAAGAUGCCGCGUUGAGCAAUUUCUUGCAAUUAAUUUGCAGCCUCUUAUCUGAUAACGAAAAACUUUCGACUUGUUCGACGUUUUAAGUUAAAAAA